GGAUUUCAUCAUGGUUUCCCAAAUCCACACACUGGCCUCGCUCUGCUUUCUGUUCGGGUUGCAGCCAUCUCUGACUGCAGUCUUCAUAAGGCAGGAGGAGGCCAACAGCAUCCUGCACAGGCAAAGGCGAGCCAACGAGUUCUGGGAAGAAUUCAGGACAGGGUCACUGGAGAGAGAAUGCAAUGAGGAACAGUGCUCCUUUGAGGAAGCCAGGGAGAUCUUCCAGACCCUGGAGAAGACCAACCAAUUCUGGCGUUCUUACACUGAUGGAGACCAAUGUGCUUCCAAUCCAUGCCAGAAUGGAGGCACGUGCAUGGACCAGUUACAGUCUUACAUUUGCUUCUGCCUAGAGGACUUUGAGGGUCGGAACUGUCAGAAAAACAAAAACAGCGAGCUGAUCUGUUUGAAUGAAAACGGGGGCUGUCAACAAUACUGCAGUGACAACCCAGGGACCAAGCGCUCCUGCAGCUGUCACCAGGACUACAAGCUCAUGGCUGACGAGGUGUCCUGUGAGCCCACAGUCAAAUAUCCAUGUGGGAAAAUACCUGUCCUGGAAAAAAGAAACAACAGCGCCUCUCUAGGUCGAAUUGUGGGUGGCGUGCAAUGUCCCCGAGGGGAAUGUCCGUGGCAGGCUGCAUUGAUGCUGAAAGGGAAACUGCAGUGUGGAGGGGUGUUGUUGGAUGCCACCUGGGUGGCCUCUGCAGCCCACUGUUUCAACAAAAUCUACCGAAGGACAUGGAAGUCUGUGAAGGUGGUGUUAGGUGAGCAUGACCUUGGCAUAGAGGAAGGCACCGAACAAGAACGGUACAUUGCUCAAAUGAUUGUCCCUGAUAAGUACAGGAUAGGCCGGGUCAACCAUGACAUCAUCCUGCUCCGCCUGAGCACACCAGUGAACUUUACCGACUACGUGGUGCCCCUCUGCUUGCCAGACAAGAAGUUCUCUGAGCAAACGCUGGCCUAUAUCAAGUUCUCCUCGGUAAGCGGCUGGGGCCAGCUCCUCUACAAAGGCUCCACAGCCGUGGAGCUCAUGACCAUCAACGUGCCCAGACUGAUGACCCAGGACUGUAAGGAAAACGCAAAAAGGAGUAUCAAUGCCCCUGAACUGACAGAGAACAUGUUCUGUGCCGGCGACCUGGAUGGGCACAAAGACGCCUGCACCGGUGACAGUGGCGGCCCCCAUUUCACCAAGUACAGAAGCACGUGGUACCUGACAGGAAUUGUCAGCUGGGGCGAGGGCUGUGCAGCCAUAGGCCAUGUUGGGGUGUACACCAGGGUCUCCAAGUAUAUUGAGUGGUUGCAUAGGAACAUGGACCGGAACCUAAGCUCAGAAGGUGUGUUCCGAGCACCAUUUCCCUAGGCUACACAUCAGCUCCAGGGAACCCCAUCCAUGUGAAAAUCAAUCUGCUACUCCUUGGAGCUGUUCUUGAAUCAAAUCCCCAAAAUUCUUCUAUGGUCCUUGGGAGGGGAAUCAGGGAGACAGAAAGAGAGAGAGAUUGGGAGAGGGAGAGAGAACCAAGAGACAAAGAGUAGAGAGAAUGAGAGAGGGGAAGUGGCUGAGAGCCAAGAGCUGGGGGAGAUAAUUUGAGACGAUGGAGAAAGAGAGAGAGAGAAAGAGCUAAGAGAGAGACUGAGAGAGACUCAGAGGUUACAAGACACAGUCUGAGGGGGAAAUAAAAGUCAUAGGUAGAAACUGACCACCAGACACUUGGACUGAGUUAGACAGAGCAGAACCACAAGCCGUCAUGAAGGAUAUCUCCUAACUUUCUGGAGUGAUCCCAUACCUCACCCUGCAUGUGCCCCCAUCCCCCAGUGAUUCACAUGUGGCAGCUGAACUGUCUGUUUUCAUCAAAUCUAAUGGUUUACAUAUGUACAGUUGCACAUGAACACACACAUACAAUACAAACCUGAUGGAUGCAUGCUAUUGACGAAGGCCAUUUUCCAAUUUUUUCUUCCUCCAUUAAUUUUCCCCCCAUCAUUUCAUCUCCAUUCUGACAAAUUAAAACCGUCAUCCACACAUUUGUGUUUUCCCUGUAAAACAAUGACUCAUACCCCACAUAGAGUAUGCCCCCUGCUGAUCUGACUUAAUAAAUCAUUAAUCUUCA